AUGGCUUCCGAACACGCUCCCAUCUUGUCCACGCCCGCUGAGCAUAUCCUGGAGGAGGCUGCUCCAGUCGUCCUACCAUCAACCGAAGCCCGUCUCACGGAAGAUCAACUCCAUCUCCAAUAUGAGAUCAAGAGAACAAUCAAUGAGAUCCGCCAAGGACGGUGGAAGCGCAUUGCUUUGCAGUUUCCCGAUGCAAUGCUGAGUGACGCGCCACGCGUGUUCGAAGCUCUCCGGGAUGGCCUGAAGAAUUCGAGGCAAGCAUCGCGGCCUCAACAUCCUUCGUCCCACACCAAUGAACCCACACACGACGUCACCGAGACACUGCAGAGGGCAUCGUUGAGCGAUCCGAGUCUUGUAGGUGACGCUGGCUUUGACGAAAUCGACGAGAAGCUCACCAUCCUCGGCGACACAUCUUACGGUGCAUGUUGCGUGGAUGAGGUCGCUGCAGAACAUGUCGACGCCGACGUGGUAGUGCAUUAUGGAAGAUCAUGCCUGUCGCCUACCGCGCGGCUACCAGUCAUCUAUGUCUACACUUCGAAACCACUGGAUCUAGACAUGGUUGUUAAGAGUUUCCUCUCCACCUUCCCGAACAAGCAUGACAAGAUCUGUCUCAUGGCCGACAUCCCUUACGGCCAUCACCUGGAUACCCUUCAAGAGCGACUUGUACGAGAUGGCUAUGGUCACAUCUUCAGCACGCAAAUCAUUCGGGAUCAUACGUCUCCUUUGCCAAAUCGGACUGUACCAGCGCAAGUUCAAGAGAAUACCGAGACGUUGAAGGAGUAUUCCAUCUUUCACAUCUCCAAUCCUCCUGCCUCUCUUCUACUCAUUCUCUCCUCUCGUAUCAAGAGUAUACACAUUCUCCCUACAGAUACUUCGGCGCCAACGACCGUGGAAGCUUCGACCGCUCAGCUCCUGCGAAGGCGCUACGCACUGCUGACACGUUUGAGUACGGUCCCUAUCUUCGGCAUCCUGAUCAAUACUCUUUCCGUGGCCAACUACAUGGACGCCCUCGAGCACUGCCAGGGUCUCAUCUCACGCGCGGGGAAGAAAUCAUACACUUUCGUGGUCGGGAAAGUCAACGCCGCCAAGGUUGCCAAUUUCAGCGAAAUCGGCGGUUGGGUGGUCAUUGGGUGCUGGGAGAGCAGCUUGAUUGAGAGCAAGGAAUUCUUCAAGCCCAUCAUCACCCCAUUUGAGCUGGAGAUGGCUUUGACAGACGACAAGGAGAGGGUGUGGGGUGGCGAGUGGGUGGGCGAUUUUUCGCAAUUGCUUGGCAAAGAGCGCAAGCUCACCAUGAAUGGAGGGCAAACCGGCGAAUUGAACGGGAAUGAUGAAAUCGCAAGCACAGGAGAAGGAAACUGGGACGAUCAACCUUCCGAUGAUGAGCCACCUGAAUUCGACCUGAGAACAGGCCGCUACGUCAGUAACAGCAGACCUAUGGGCCGGCCGACGAGAGCACAAGCUACAAACGGCGAGAGCUCCACGGGGAAAGGCAAUGGCGCCGCACCACCUUCGUCGGCUCUGGUACAAAGAGCAAAAGGCGACGUUGCGACAGUCGGCGGGCAAGUCUCUCCUGCUGCCGAAUUCCUCCGCUCUAAACGAACGUGGCAAGGUCUUGGAAGCGACUUCGAGAUUGCGUAUGAUAGAGACGAGGAUGGAAAGAUUCAAGGCGCGGCAAUGGAAGAAGGGAGAAGCGGUGUUGCCAAGGGCUACACAGUUGGUGAGAGUGAGAGGACUUGA